GGGAGAGACCAUCACCCGAAGGCAUUUGACUUACCUGAGAGUUGUAGGAGCGCACAUCUGCUCAAGACACCAAAUAAGCUUUGCGAGUGUUCGGUUACAUAAGCAAGAGCAGUAGAAAUCAGCCAGUUCAAUGCAGCCAUCCUGCUAGCGCGAUCAUUAAAGCGGGGUUCGAGCUCAUCAUCUGCCUAUGAACAGCAGAUCUAAGGAGUUCAGAAAUCAUCAGGAACGAUGAGGAACUCUGGCGCUGUGCUGAUUUUGAUCUUUAUUGUCAAAUUAAUAUCACAAGCAGCAGGUGUCAGUGCGCCAGGAAAACCCAAACUCACAAGCUGUCGCUCCCCAGAGAAGGAGACCUUCACAUGCUGGUGGGAGCCUGGAGAGGAUGGAGGUCUGCCCACAACCUACGCCCUCUACUACCGUCUAGAAAACUCAGAAACGGUCUACGAGUGCCCAGAUUACAAAACGGCGGGCAACAACUCGUGUUUCUUCAACAAAAACGACACAUCGCUUUGGGUCAACUACAACAUCACUGUGGUGGCCACCAAUGCCCUUGGAAAGAACAUUUCGGAGCCUGUGGAGGUGGAUGUGGCCUAUAUAGUUCAACCAAACACUCCAGAGAAUGUGACAGCAGUUGUGGUCGAUGAAGACCAGGGUCCGUUCGUGAGAGUGUCCUGGGAGAAACCCCGAACUGCAGACACUCGCUCAGGGUGGAUCACGCUACUCUACCAGCUACGAGUUAAACAAGAAAAAGAUAAAGAAUGGGAGGAAUAUAAUGCUGGCAUGCAAAAGUACUACAAUGUGUUCAGUCUACACCCUGAUACAGAGUUCAUGGUGCAGGUUCGAUGUAAACCUGAUCAUGGGUUCUGGAGUGAGUGGACCCAAACCACCUACAUCAAAAUGCCUGACUAUAUACCCAGACAGCGUUCGCUGUGGAUCAUAAUCACGAUAUUCUCUGUCUUCAUCGUCCUCAUCCUCACCUGGACUCUAAAUGUGAAACGAAACAGUGUGAAGCUUUGUUUGCUGCCUCCUGUUCCUGGACCAAAAAUCAAAGGAUUCGACAAACAAUUGCUCAAGAGCGGAAAGACAGAGGAAGUUUUCAAUUCUCUGGUGAUCCAAGGUUUCCCUCCAACCAUCGAUUAUGAUGACUUACUGGUGGAGUACCUUGAGGUGUAUGACAAUGAGGAGCAAGAAUUGGUUCUGGAUGGUAAAGAUCUAUCAGAGGACUGCAUAAAGUCCAAAAGCCCAUCAGACUGCGACUCGGGCCGGGGAAGCUGCGACAGUCGCACUCUGCUUUUGGAGAAGUGCAUGGUGGGACGGAAAGGGAGUGGAAGCGAUCAACAUCAGUACAGCCAGCAUGGAGAAACGAGCUGGGCUUCUACUGAAAGCAGUGAAUGCCAGGGUCUCGAACCUGGUUCUCCAGAAUCCUCUGAUGGACGUGUGAAGACCUGGCCUGUUGUGUUUUCGUCUCCGCAACCUCACCACCAUUACCAAGCAGAAACUGUGAAACCGGUCUACCACAGCGUCCCAGAGAUCCUCAACCAUUCAUCGCCACACAUAAUGCCAACCAACUACCACCACCUACACCAUCAGGACAUCCCACAACAGGAGGGCCGCCUCGGUAAACCAGCCUGCCGACAUUCCCAAAGCUACAACCACUUUAACCUGGACGGCCUCGACACUCCUGCUCCUGGCGUAUCUCCGUCGCGUUCUCUAGAAUACGUGGAGGUGCAAAGGGUCAACCCAGAGAAUAUGCUACUGCUUAGGCCACUUUCGGACCCAAACCGGGAACCUGAGGGGUCCGAUUAUGCUGGGGAGGACUACAGCAAGGUCAAAGAAGUAACAUCAAACAAUAUUCUGCUUCUGCGGAGGGAUACGUCCCAUCACUGUGUGGACGAUUACAGCCAGGCUAGUCAAUGCACAACCCAGCAACCACCUCAUCCCUGCAAACCUGUCAUCUACCAAUCGAACAGUGGGAUGCCACAGGAAGGCAUGAGGGUGAUGGGAAAUGGUUAUGUGGACUCAACAGUCUUAAUGCCAUCCUACUAGCACACAUGGUCCACUGCAAUGCAGCAAAAACAAUAAGCUGAACAUAAAACCACUACAUUUUAAGAGCUCAUGCCAAGCCCUGAAAGAAGUGAUUUUUUCCCUCUCAGAUAUUGCUACAGUGAUUUAAUGAAGAGAGAAUUUAUAUUUAUAAAAAUAGUUCGUUUUAAUUAUAUUGUAUUAGCAAGAGGGUCUUGUUUCAGAGCUGAGGUCUGAACUUUUAUGUAAGCACUGUAAAGAGUCUGGAGUCUUGAAAAUAAAUGUUCUUCAUUGGCUUUGAAGGUUCCAUGAAGAACCCUUUAACAUCCAUGGAACCUUUCCAUGGCACAAACGGUACAAGGUUCAUUAGAUUAUUAAAAUGUUCUUCACACUAAGGAAAAUAAGGGGUUUUAACACCCACUCUCCCUCCAUCUUUUGGAACCUUUAUUAUUUAAGAGCAUUUUCUUUCUUUGAAAGAUUGUGUACUUUGAUGAGGUGACACUUAUAAACACCAAAAACUUAAAUCAAGCCUUUAACGUUAACAUGAGAUCCCAUUUACUGCAAAAUGCACUUAAAUUCUGUAUUUUCUGCUAUCUAUAUGUAUGUUAGUCAAUAGCCCCAUAGACAUUUAUACAUUGGGAUUCCACUGGAAAUUCUACUUUUCAAGAUCCAGCAACCACCAUUGCAAUUCUCUAAUACUUUUAUGCUGUUUUACUCAAAAAUAUAUGGUAUUUUGAAAGUAAAAUUGGUUGUUAAUGCCAUUUCUUGUUAACUUUGAAUGACUUGUCAUGAUUUGAGAUUGAUGAGAUUUGAAAACUUAGCACUUAGCAUAGUUACCCCCAGCAAUCCACUAUGCAUUAUGUUGUUGUAUGUAUUAUUAUCAUGGCAGUGUUUAAAGCCACUACUUUUUUAUGCCGCUAUUCACUCCUAAACUACAUGACGUUGUCUGUUGCUAUAAUGUACAUGGACUAUGUUUUAUGAACUGAUCUUAAGUAUUGUCAAAGCGUUCACCCAAUUCAAAACUUUUGCUUGAUGCAUUUCACUACACUUUUAAAUGAAUUUUAAAUAUAAUGGCAGUGUGCUGCAUAUUAUAUAAACACAAGAGCAUUAUUUGCAGUCAGAGUCAGUUUAUACCUACUGUAAUCCUGCUGGAAACAGCAUAAUCUCAAUUCAAAAUGUCUUUGCUUUUUAAUGGUACACUAAUGCAAAAGUAAAUAAAUGAAAAGGGAUUUGAACUGAUUGUAAACUCUUAUAAUUUUAAAGAAUUUGCCUUUGGUAUUUACAAGUCUCAGGUGGAGGAAAGCUUACUUAAACACUCCUGCUGAAUGUAUGUAUCAUAAAUGUUAUUGGCACUGAUUUCAAACACAAAAGCAAAACCAGUGUAAAAUGAAAAAUUGCAAACUGCCAGCAUUUAAAUAUUUUUCCAACUAUAUAACAGUGAGUUGUUCACUGUAAGAAUUUCUGUUUCUGUGAAUGUUAACCUUGUGAGAAUAUAUUUUUCUAAGUCUGUAUAUCCUUAAAUCAUAGGUAGCCAUUAAUUCAGCCCUGCAAAUUUUUAUGUUUGAUAUAAAAUAUGUAUAUAUAUAUAUAUAUAUAUAUAUAUAUAUAUAUAUAUAUAUAUAUAUAUAUAUAUAUAUAUAUAUAUAUAUAUAUAUUUAUAUAUAUAUUCUUUUAAUUAUAGAGAUCGGCAUAUAUGCAUUUAAUCCAACCAAACAGUUGUUAUCUUGUGCAUAUACAAACCAUUAAACCAGUUACAUGGAGACAAGAAAGAUUUUAGCCCUUGACAAUGCAAGAGUCAACCUCCACAUGUUGCCUUAUUUUAUGCAUAAAUCUCUGAAAAGCUUACUGAGGUGUACUUUUUUUUUUUUUUUUUUUUGGAAAGGGUCAUUUACUAAAUAUAUUUUUAUGUCUAAAGUUGCAUUACGCAUACAUGUAAAUACAAUUACAAUUAUUAUUCAUUUGUUAUAUAUGAUGUAGAAAUGCAUUUAUAUGUAACCUACAGGUAAUUCGUAUACUGAUAAAUAGUCUUUGCUCAACAGUCAAAUAUUCUCAGUUUCAUGCAUAAUAAAUCUGCAUGGGAAAGCACAAUUUCUUUUAAUAGAUUUCUAACUCAAUGGCAAUGUCAAAUCUACAAAAUGUGUGUUUGUUACAGUAUACAGUACAGUACAGAAGCCUCGGGGCAACAGUGUGAAAUAAUAUUUAUAAGUCUUAUUAUCAGAGAGUAAGAUAUCUUACAGUACAGAAAAUGCAUAUGCAGAUUUUCUCAUUUAGGGAUUACAUCUUUCUAACUGAAAUCACAUUUUUGACUUUAUUCUACCAAACCCAAAACCAUCUGACUUUAAAGAAUUGUUCAAAUCACAAAAAUGUUUUAUACACUAAGAAUACUAUUACUAUUUAUAGAAUUAUGUUGCUAUUUUCUUUACUGUCUUUUGUCUUUACUGUCAAGUCAGUGGAGGUGCUGAAAUUAAAUUUGCGAUGGUAACCUAUGUAAGAAAUAUACUGUAUCUAGUGUGUUCUACUGUGUUCUGCUUUUCCGUAAACAUUAUUUGUGAAAUUGCAUAGCAAACCAUUAAAACAUAUGCUCAGAUUGUU